UGGACUGAGGGAGGCGCAUCAGCUGGUGGCAGGGAACCCGGAGCUCCGGGUCUGGACCCGAGCCAAAACCUGUCUGGUGUCAAACCAGCCCGAACAGAUACGCCGAGACAUCUCAUUUCUUCCCUUCAUUCCUGAAGCGGCAGCCUGUCCACCCCUUGUGUAAAAGUAUAUCUCAUCACCUGUGUGAGGAUCUGCGGGGCUAUAAGACGCUCUGCGGAGCCUUCCUCCGGCAGAUCCCCCAUGGCUUUUACCCGCAGAUCGCAUUUGCUCUCACUUCUCUGUACUUUAUCAUACUUGAUUUGUUGACCCACCGAUUUAUUUUAUUUUAUUUUUUAUCAUUAUAUAGCCUAUAUCUAUUUUCAUAUGUUUCUCCCAUCCAUGGAAAUGUUCCGUGCAGAUCCAUAAAGAACCAAAUUCUGCUUAAUAUGAACUUUUUGCCAAGUGGAAUAUGUUUUUUUCUAUCGGUAACAACCUGCUGGCUGACGGCCAAGGUCGAUGCGUCCUGGUGGUACAUGGGCACCCUGGGCUCCCAGGUGAUGUGCGACAACAUCCCCGGCUUGGUGAACAAACAGCGCCAACUCUGCCGCCAGCACCCCAAGGUGAUGCAGGCCAUUGGGGCCGGGAUGAAGGAGUGGAUCUCUGAGUGCCAGCACCAGUUCCGCAACCACCGCUGGAACUGCAACACAACAGCCAGGGACCACAACUUGUUUGGCCGUCUGCUGCUACGCGGCAGCCAAGAAGUUGCCUUUGUGUACGCCAUCUCCUCUGCAGGAGUGGUGUAUACUUUGGCCCGAGCUUGCAGCCAGGGCGACCUGGACAACUGUUCCUGUGACCCCACCAAGAAGGGCUCAUCGCAGGACUCCAAGGGCUCCUUCGACUGGGGAGGCUGCAGCGAUCAUGUGGAGCACGCCAUUCACUUCAGUCAAAUCUUUGUGGAUGCCAAAGAGAGGAAGGAGAGGGAUGCCCGAGCGCUCAUGAACCUGCACAACAACAGAGCUGGCAGGAAGGCAGUGAAGCGCUUCAUGACUUUACAGUGUAAAUGCCAUGGUGUCAGUGGCUCGUGCAGCAUCCGUACCUGCUGGCAGGCUAUGGCCGACUUCCGACGCACUGGUGACCACCUGAGGAGGAGAUACAAUGGCGCUGUGCAGGUCGCAGUCAAUCAGUAUGGAACUGGCUUUACAGCCGCGCACACACACCUCAAACGUCCUAGCAAAAAUGAUCUGGUCUACCUGGAAGACUCACCAGACUACUGUAUACGGGACCCUCAGUCAGGGUCGAUGGGCACGGCGGGCCGGCUCUGCAGCCGGGCGUCCCGCGGCUCGGACGGCUGCGAGGUGAUGUGCUGCGGCCGAGGCUACGACACGGCGCGGAUCAGCCGCACCACCAAGUGCGAGUGCAAGUUCCACUGGUGCUGCGCCGUCCGCUGCAGAGACUGCCAGCAGCUGGUGGACGAGUUCACCUGCAAGUCCCACACAUGAUGGGAGCUGCGCCUGCCGUCAGGACGGACAUGUUUAUGCCAACCGGAGCUUUUAAUAUAUUUCUAGGUAGACUUCAGUCACUGUCUGCUGCUCUGCUAGAAACGUCUCAUUCCUCGACCCGAAGCAGACCAGACUGAUGAAACUAAAGUAUUUCAACUUUUUCACGUUCAGCUACUUCACAACCACAAUUGUCAGUGUAUUUUAUUGGGAGGCUGGGAUUUGAAUAUUGCAUAAAAAUGCAAAAAAUUCUUGCCGGUCAUCUUAUAAAGUGAAACUCGUAUAGAAUCACCACCUAGAGCGAUUUAUUCCAAGCCUUUGUUUCUUGUCAUUUUGAUAGUUAUGGCUAGCAGAAAAUGAAAACCCCAAAAGUGUCUCAGAAAAUUAGAAUAAUGCUUAAAACAUCUGUUCUUCACCUGUAGCCAUAAUUAUUAAAACUGCAAAAAAAAAAAAAAGAAGUUUGAAAUAUUUUAUUUAUUCUUAUGUGUAGUGAAUCUUUUUAAAUUACUUUUUCACUUUCUGAGAUGAAUGGCAAGAAAUAUGGUACUUUUGCGCAAUUUUCUUAUUUUUUUUUAGAUGUAUUUUAAAAGUGUGUUAUCUGUGAGUAACUUGGUGGAAGCAGCUGUCCUUCAGUUACAGCUCAGUCUCAUCAGAUCCUCUGUUUUAUUUUAUCUGUUCUGCUGUUAAAUGUCGGUUUUAUCCCUCCAGCCGUUUUCCAGAUGGAUAUAUCUUCCCACCAGCUCUACCUUCCCCUGCAAAGGGAAAUUUGGGCUUUUUUCCCCCCUCAAACAAUUGUUUUUUUCUCAUCAUUUUUCCAUAAAAGUCAUAUUUCUAGAGCGUACUUUAAACAGAAAUCCGCACAGAUUCCCCACCUGAGCUGUGCGUCUCUGUAGCUCCUCCACAGCUACAAU